CAAGUCAAUCGUCACUGAAUACAUCACCUCGCCUUGGUCAGUCGAUGAAUCCUGCUGGCGACAUUCAUCCAUCAUGCCAUGCACACAAAUGUCGUUCGUCUCUCGAAUGUCUGUCUGUCUCUGCUACCAAGUGAGACAAAGUGUCUGCACACACCCACACACAUGCAAUGCAAUGCACCACUACCGAAUUACUGCCUCUGGUCCAUACACAUGGCAGUAAUUACUGCCUGCCUGCCUGCCUGCCCACCACACGUAUGUAUAGACACGACACACACCUACAGCAAAAUGCGUGGUCGCCCGACCCCACGAAAUGGGCAGGCAUUUUUCCGUCACCUCGACCGUGAGGGACAAACCACGCCACGCAGCCAGCCAGCCACGAUCAAUCAAUCAUUCACCCACGCAUCCAUCCAUCCAUUCAGGCACACGCAGCAAGCAACAUGUACGUCGUACGUACGUACGUAUGCAUCAAUCAAUACAUGCAUGCAGCAUCUAUACUCGACCCCUCAACCGCGUGCCUCACCUUCCCUCCCCUCCCGUCAUAUGGCAUUGUCAUCUAAGUCUAUCUCGCCCCCCCUCCCAUCUUGCUGCUGCAUCCGCCCGGGCACCAGACGGGCAAUACGCAUCACUGACGGCGACUCGCCUGCACCAACACAUACAUAUCCACAGUGUACGCACGCACGCACGCCGGUCCCAUGAGUCUGCACGGUGCCAUCUCUCUGGAUGCCUCUGGACAUACGGCCUUUAGUUAAUACAAACCUGAAGCGUCGUCAUCUUCCUUGACCUGGAGCAGGCGCUGCUGCUCCUCGUCUUGGUGUGCCCCCUUGCCCACACCCCCGUACCCAAUCCCACCCCUCGCGCCAAACGAGUACGUCGCCUUGGCCCGAGAUAAGGACGACCGGCACGUGGGAGACACCGUGCGGUGGCGCCGCUCGCGCGUGUGCCGCUCACGCCUGGCCGGUGUCGGGUGAGCCUCGUCCUGCCCCACAGCCGCCUCGGCCGCCCUGCUACCACGACGAGCCGCAAACGCGCUGGCCUUCCUGCCGGCAAUGCCAACGUCGCGAGGUGUGUGUCCACCGUGGGAAGGCGGGAUGGGUGGUGGGGUGGGUGCCUCAGCGGCCUUGUCGAUGAGGGGAAUGGCGCGGAUGUAGUUUGCGUGUUUGGUCUUGAGCCACUCGUGCUCGGUGAGGAGUGCGGCAUGGUCCCGCUGCAGCUGGGCGUACUGCUGGGUGAGUCCCUCGUGCUGCUCUCGCAUGUGCGCCAGCUCCGCCCGCAGUCGGUGCACCUCGUCGCUCACAGGCGACACCGACUCAUCACGGCCACCUAAUGACACAUACAUGUACGUAUCAGACAACAACCAACGACAGACAGACAGACAGACAGAGAGCAACCACAAGGAACAAGGAACGCGCAAACCAACGGCAAGAUGGCAGAUAAGCUUGCUGCAUGUGAGGGUUUGUUUGUCCAACGGACCUGUUGUCGUAGUGCCGGUGGCCUCGUCCCGGAGCCUCUGCACAGUGUGCUCAAGCAACUGGGGGGGGACAAGAGACAUCGGCACACGCAGGCAGGGAGCACAGACAGACAGACAGACAGGGUGGUGCCGCCCGCCCGCCCGCCCCGGUGCUGCUUACCGCUACUCGUCUCUCAAGUGAGAUGACUCCGCCAGUGCUGUCGAAGGAUCCUAUUGAAGGGAAGCCGCCACCACACUCUGCCGGUGGGGGCAGGGGUGUAUGGUGGAACAGUGGGUGGCUAGUGCCAGUGGCAUGGUCAUAUGCCAUGGGGAUGCCUUGGGGCGUCGUGUGUGGCAUGCACGGCCCGCUGCUCCCCGCCAGCAGGUUGGGCACCGACAGACUCCUGGGUGGCCAGCCUUGGUAUGGCAGCGGGGAGGGGGACGACAGCAUCGCCGGCUCAGAGUGGCCAACCGUGUGGCAGUGGGGCAGCAUGAACAUGGACGCUGUGGCAGCAGACGGCCGGGGCACAUAGGCCUCAUCCGCCAUCAGGUCCAGGCGGUCCCGCGAGAACUCAACUGAAUCAUGAGCGAAACGAACGAGCCGUACACACACAAAUCAAUCAACCACAUGAGAGAGGGCAGUGCCAAUGCUGGUGAUGCUCCGAUUGUGUCGCGCCCAUGACGGUCGUACGUACCCAGGCGGCUGAUGGGCUGUAUGUGAUCUAAGCAGAGGUCCAGCUCCUCACCUCGAUCAGCUGCACACACAGAGGAAGGAAAGGAGCACAAGUAUGCAUGUGUACAUCCCAGAACCGGGUGGGCGUCAGGUCAGGCCGCUGAUGCCUUCCCGUCAGCCCAGCCCUCUCACCUCCUUUCGGCGAAUCGAGGGACAUGUCCUGGACCAAGUCUGCGAAACUGACGUCAUUCACACGUAAAUCAAAGCCUACACACACGCACGCACACACACACAUGGAGAGAGAGAGAGAGAGAGAGAGAGAGAUGACGGCUGAGCGACAUCCCUCUGCGUGUAUUUAUGCGUUGUUCCUGACCUCUGUACGCCUGUAGCACUUCGAGUGUGAUAGUUGCGUCGCCGUGGAUGGACUGCAGCGUCCAUUUGUGCUUGAAGCCCCCGCCACGUUGAGUGCUCUCGUACAAAUACUCCGCAAGGUCACGCCUGCGCAGUCAGGCAGGGGAGGGAGGGAGGGAGGGGACAAUACAGUCAUGCAAUCAAUGCACCCUCGGUCGGUACGGUGGGGGAGCACUUGUCCCACGCACACAGACAGCAUCUCGCAUCUGCCUGCCUGGCCUUCGUCCGUGCCUGCGUGCGUGCGUGCGUGUGUCCGUACCUCUGUAUUUGCUGGGACGACGACGACGGCGAGUUGGUGCACCGGAUGCCUGAAUGAAUCAAGGGGACACACAAAAAGGCAGGCAAGCAGGCAUCUGGUGGAGGGAGUGGCGGAGGCCUCACGCUUUCUCCCCGUCAGGCUGAAACGACGCACAAACAGACACAUAGACAGACACAGGACAAGAAUGUCUAUCGAGCUGCUGGCAGUCGGAUGGUGGUGUGUAUGUGAUGUGAUGUUUGCCUCCCUCUCGGUGCCCUGCCCACCGUGAGUGUGUUAGUUCGCAUGAGAUGGAGCAGCCUUCCCACGCCAGCAACCACACGUACUUGACCUGCACACACACAACCGACCGACGGAGGUGUGGUCUGAGGGAGGCCAGCUACUUUUCCUACCUCUUGGUGGCUGAAAGCGUCUGGCUGUCUGGCUGUCUGUCCAGUGUGUGCUCACCCACCUUGGUGUUUUUGAUGCGUUUGCCUAUCGGGUUUCUGAACUGGCUGAGGGCAGAGACCCUCCCCUUUUCAUGGUGGCUGUGGCACAGAUCUCUCCCCUCAGCUGCCAUAGCUGCUCAAACCCAAGUCAAUAAGUAUAAGCAGCCUCUGCCAGCAGUGCGCAUUGGCAGUACAGUCCCUGCCGUGCG